GCGUGCGGAGGAGAGGGCUCGAGCACACGACCGCCUGGAUCGAUCGGAUUAAACUCGAAUUGAGAGAAAUUAGCACAAAGGAGUGAAGCAGAGUCGGCGAGGACCGCAACCUGAAACGCUGGCUGUACCAACAGAAAGUAGACAUUCAGCCUUUAUUAUCACGUUUGAAGGAAUUUCCAGGACGUACUGUUUGGAGUUAAUUUGCGAGAAACCCAAACUGACCUGCGUUGAACAGGGUCCUGUUACCUGCCUUCGCCUGACGCUGCGUUCUCUGAGAGAAUUAAGGAAAUAUGGAGUGACAUGCUGCAGAUUAGUUAGCGGAUUAGCAGCCUUGAGGACAUCCACCUCUGCGUGAGCGCACGUUCCCUGUCCUGCGUCUGAAGCCCUGUCGCUCAGUCAGACUGGCGAGCAGCCAUGUCCGACCAGGGCAUGAUGAGCCUCUUUGGGGAUGAAGGGAACCUGUUCUCCGACGGGCUCGAAGGUCUGGGGGACUGCGGCUACCCCCAAGGCCAGGCAAAUACUAUGGGCCAACAGAUGACCCACGAGCACCAAGGUUAUGGGCAGCUCCCCUCUUCUCUCCACCUCUCAACCCCCACAGUGCCCGGCCAGCCAAAACUUGGCCACCACUACGACCACUUUGGUCAGUAUGAACAGCACAAGAUGCAUCCGAUGGACCAGCAAGGGGGCCGCAUGAUGGGUAAUGGCCCGGUCAACGGUAUGUCUUCCCCUCACUCUCGGUACCACGGAGCCCCUGUGGCACACAGUGGAGGACCCGGAUCUGGUGGGGCGCACCAUGUCUACCCAGGGGCGGCGGGAGACAGCCGAGGCCAGUCGUACCAGGAUGGCAGUAGCGCCUGGGGCCCUCAGGCCAUUCAGGUGCCCGAGCAGAGCCGACCCCCUUUUCAGCAGCAGCAGCCGGCCCAGCCACCCUCGCACCAGCAAGCGCAUGGCCACCAGAUGGCGCCCUACAUGGGGCGCGGAGACUACGCCAUGCAGGGCCACAACCAGACGCAGACUCCUCCUAGAAUGAACCACUUCCCCCAGGGCAUGCCUCAGGAGGCCAGCCGAUUCAUGGGCCACGUGGGCCUGGCGCAGAACGCCGGCAUGGCAGCGCCAGCUAUGCGCCACCCGGCCCAGGCCCCCCCGCAGCAUCAGCAGCCCGGGCAGCAGUUCCUUCACCGGACACCGCAGGGCACCGUGCAUCCGGACCCUGUAGCCGGCCACGGCUCACCAUUCCCACAGAGCCCGUCGAGGCAGCAGCAACCACAGCCGCAGGUAAUGGGUGGAAGAGCCCACCAAAACAUGAGCUUUAGCAUGAACAACCAGCCAGUCUCUAGCAACACUGUAAACAGCUCAGGGCAGUACCCUCCCUAUCCUCAGUAUGGCAACCUAAAUCAGGGAUUGGCCAACACUUCAGGGAUGAGUCCCAACAUGAGCCUUACUACCACCACCAGCAGCAAUGGCAACCCCAGUGGCCCCGUGGCCCAGGUGCAGCGUUACACAGGGCCCGGGGGGCCCCAGCGAUACCCCGCGCCUGGCCCCCAGCAGGGAGCAAUGCACCAGCAGCCCCUCCACGUCAACCAAAUGCCCCCCCAGCCUAUGCACGCAGCACAGAACCAGCCCCCAGCCCAGCCUAAAAUGCAGCAGCAUCUCGCCCCUCCACCUCAGGGAUCAUAUGGCUCGCCCCCUUCCAUGUCACCCAUGAGGAACCUAGGCACACCCACGGGUACGCCUCCACCCCAGCAGGGCCGCCCGCCCAGUGCAGGCCUGGGGCCAGAUGCAAGUGGCUAUCCUGGAGUUCCGCUCCAACCCCAGGGUGCCAUGGCCCACCCGCAGAGGGGCCCCGGGCCCAUGAACCCAGCCCAGCAGCUUCCCCACCCCCAGCAGCUCCCACAUACCCAGCACCCUAACCCCACACAGAUGUAUGCAGCUUUGUCUCCCAACCAGAGGGCCACGGGUGCUCAGGGAAGGCCUCCGUCAGGGCCCGGCACCAACCCGGCCGAUGGGCAGGCCCCGCAGGAGCAGCGGUUGCUCCCUCAGCAAGCACCACGGCCUGGGCAGCAGCUGCAGGCGCCCUCAUUGCCUUUCCAGCUGCAGCAGGUGCGUGCCCCUUCAGCCCUGCCAGUCUCACAGGCACACCUGGCAGUGCACCACCAGGGUUCCCCGCCGCCACAACCCGCAAGCUGGCCCCCAACACACCAGUCACCUCCACCCAGCCACCAAGUGCCUCACAUGCAGCAUUCCCCAUCGGACCCCUCUUCAGAAAUGACUGCGUCCAGCAGGGCAUCCAUCCCAGGCCCCAGCUGUGACGUGCAGCACACGGGAAGCGAACAGAAGCCAAAAAAGAAGAAGAAAAAGAAAGCCAAGGUGAGCGAGGACCCGGAUGUCAAGGACGAGGACAGUAAACUGGAUGCCUGCAGAGGCGGUUGCUUCACAACUGGUGGGGACUCUGUGUUGAGUCUCUCCAACCAGUCUUCUCUCACCAAGAAGAGCAAAAAGAAACCAAAGGAGAAUGCAGCCAAGGAACCGAAGGAGCCCAAGACUCCCAAAAUGCCGAAAACGCCCAAGACACCCAAAGAACCCAAGGAGCCUAAAGAGAAGAAGGCCAAGGCCACCACUCCUAAGGCGAAGAGCUCCAAAAAGCCCAGUGCUAAGAAGUUGGACUCUGAGAGCAGCACCAGGAAGGAGGCCAAGCGUAAGAGGGAGCCCUCCAUCACUUCGGACACAGAGAAAACGCCCCCGCCCUCCCCAGAGGAAGAGGAUGACGAUGGUGUUCAGAAGAGACGCUCAAGCAGGCAAGUGAAGAGAAAGCGCUACACUGAGGACCUGGAGUUCAGGAUCUCUGAUGAUGACGAUGGCGAUGACUCUCCGGGACCCAAAUCUCCCUCAACUACCUCCGAGCAGACGGAGAUGCCCGAUGCAGAGGGCCCAGUUGUGGAAAAGAUCAUGGGUAUGCGUACAGUAAAGAAGCAGCUGGAUUCUGGAGAGGAAGUGGAAGUCGAAGAAUUUUAUGUCAAAUUCAAGAGUUUUUCGUACCUGCACUGCCGCUGGGCUGAUAUCGAGGAUUUGGAGAAGGACAAAAGAAUCCACCAGAAGGUCAAGAGGUUCAAAGCUAAACAGGCGCUAAACAACUUCCUAAGUGAGAUGGAUGAUGAACCCUUCAACCCCGACUAUGUGGAGGUGGACAGGGUUCUAGAUGUUUCUGAGAGCACAGAUGAGAACGGAGAGUCUGUGACUCUCUAUCUGGUGAAGUGGUGUUCUCUGCCAUACGAAGACAGCACAUGGGAGCUGAAAGCAGACAUUGACCAGGGCAAGAUUGAGGAGUUUGAGAGUGUGAUGGCACGGGACCUGGAGCUGAAACGUGUGGAGCGACCUCCCACCAGCGACUGGCAGAAAUCCGAGAGUUCCAGGGAAUAUAAAAAUGGCAAUACACUCAGGGAGUACCAGCUGGAAGGAGUCAACUGGCUGCUCUUCAACUGGUACAACACACGAAACUGCAUAUUAGCUGACGAAAUGGGUCUGGGAAAAACGAUCCAGUCCAUCACGUUUCUGUAUGAGAUCUACCUGAAGGGCAUCUGCGGCCCCUUCCUGGUGAUUGCACCCCUCUCCACCAUCCCAAAUUGGGAGCGUGAGUUUCGCACUUGGACAGAGCUCAACGUGGUCGUCUACCACGGCAGCCAGGCCAGCCGACGCACCAUCCAGGCCUAUGAGAUGAACUACAGAGAUGCACAGGGUCGCGUGAUGAAGGGGGCCUACAAAUUCCAUGCCAUAAUCACCACGUUUGAGAUGAUCCUGGCGGACUGCCCAGAGCUGCGCAGCAUUCCAUGGCGCUGCGUGAUCAUUGAUGAGGCGCACCGCCUCAAGAACAGGAACUGCAAACUGCUGGAGGGACUCAAGAUGAUGGACAUGGAGCACAAGGUCCUACUGACAGGAACUCCACUACAGAACACGGUGGAGGAGCUCUUCAGCCUCCUCAACUUCCUGGAGCCAGACCGUUUCCCCUCGGAGUCUACGUUCAUGCAGGAGUUUGGAGAUCUUAAAACUGAGGAGCAGGUGCAAAAGCUGCAGGGCAUUCUGAAGCCCAUGAUGCUGCGAAGGCUCAAAGAGGACGUGGAGAAGAAUUUGGCCCCCAAAGAGGAGACCAUCAUUGAGGUGGAGCUCACCAAUGUGCAAAAGAAAUACUACCGUGCCAUCCUGGAGAAAAACUUUGCCUUCCUGUCCAAGGGUGGAGGUGCCAGUGGGGGAGGGGGAGGGGCCAACGUGCCCAACCUUCUGAACACCAUGAUGGAGCUGCGGAAGUGUUGUAACCACCCCUACCUCAUCAAUGGUGCAGAGGAGAAGAUAAUGGAAGAGUUCCGGGAGAGCCACCCCACAGACCACCCAGACUUCCACCUGCAGGCCAUGAUCCAGGCGGCAGGCAAGCUGGUGCUGAUCGACAAGCUCCUCCCCAAGCUGAAGGCAGGUGGCCAUCGUGUGCUCAUCUUCUCCCAGAUGGUGCGCUGCUUGGACAUCCUGGAGGAUUAUCUCAUCCAGAGACGGUACCCAUAUGAGCGUAUCGACGGCAGAGUGAGGGGCAACCUCCGGCAGGCCGCUAUCGACCGCUUCUCUCGACCUGACUCGGACCGCUUUGUGUUCCUGCUGUGCACCAGAGCCGGAGGCCUAGGCAUCAACCUAACUGCCGCCGAUACCUGUAUCAUCUUCGACUCAGACUGGAACCCACAAAACGAUCUACAGGCCCAGGCAAGGUGCCACAGGAUCGGUCAGAACAAGGCCGUGAAGAUCUACCGCCUGAUCACCAGGAACUCAUAUGAGCGGGAGAUGUUUGACAAGGCCAGCCUGAAGCUGGGGCUUGACAAAGCUGUGCUUCAGUCCAUGAGCGGGAGGGAGAGUGCUGCCAACGGGGUACAGCAGCUCUCCAAGAAAGAGAUUGAGGACCUUCUGCGCAAAGGGGCAUAUGGGGCCCUUAUGGACGAAGAAGACGAGGGCUCUAAAUUCUGUGAAGAGGACAUUGACCAGAUCUUACAGCGGCGCACGCAGACUAUUACUAUCGAGUCUGAGGGGAAGGGUUCCACUUUUGCCAAGGCGAGUUUUGUGUCCUCGGGGAAUAGGACGGAUAUUUCUCUGGAGGACCCAGAUUUCUGGCAGAAGUGGGCAAAGAAAGCAGAGCUGGACCUCGACGUGCUCAAUGGCAGGAAUAACCUGGUAAUUGACACCCCUCGGGUGAGAAAGCAGACACGCCACUACAGUUCCAUGAAGGAGGACGAGAUGCUGGAGUACUCGGAGCUGGAAAGUGACUCUGAGGACAAGCCUGUUCAGAAACCUCGGAGGCCCCAGGACAGAACCCAGGGCUACCCCCGCAGCGAGUGCUUCAGGGUGGAGAAGAACCUGCUGGUGUAUGGCUGGGGCCGCUGGAGGGACAUCCUGUCCCACGGGCGCUUUAAGCGGCCCCUGCGGGAGCGUGACGUGGAGAUCAUCUGCCGAGCCCUGCUGGCCUACUGUCUGCUCCAUUACCGUGGCGAUGAGAACAUCAAGAGCUUCAUCUGGGACCUGAUCACCCCCACGGAGGAUGGGCAGAGCCGCACACUUGCCAACCACUCUGGCCUGUCUGCCCCUGUGCCCAGAGGCCGUAAAGGAAAGAAGGGCAAGCUUGCAGCCACGCAGACCCAUGCUCCACAGGCCGACUGGCUAGCUGACUGUAACCCAGACCUCCUGCUCCAGGAGGACAGCUACAAGAGGCACCUGAAACACCACUGCAACAAAGUGUUGCUGCGGGUCCGCAUGUUGUACUAUCUGCGACAGGAAGUCAUCGGGGACCUGGCAGACCGGAUCCUGGAGGGAACAGAUUCAAGUGAACUGGAUAUCUGGAUCCCACAGCCCUUCCACGCUGAAGUCCCCACCGAUUGGUGGGACCUGGAGGCCGACAAGUCACUUCUCAUCGGAGUCUUCAAGCAUGGCUAUGAGAAGUAUAACACCAUGCGAGCGGACCCCACCCUGUGUUUCCUGGAGAGAGUGGGCAUGCCUGAUGCCAAAGCUUUUGCAGCUGAGCAGAGGGGAGCGGACAUGGUGGCAGAUGGUGGAGAGGGUGAGGAUGAGGAUCCUGAGUAUAAACCACUCCGCAUGCCCUUCAAAGAUGACCUGGAUGACUUCACAAAUUCUCCUCUUGAUGAUAAAGAAGAAGUCAUGGAUGUUGAGGGUGGCGAAGCCCCUAAGCUGGGGGAGAAUGGGAAGGCGGGUAACCUGUACUGGCCUCCAGCCUCUGCUCUCACCGCCCGCCUACGCCGUCUCAUCACAGCCUACCAGCGCAGCCAUAAGAGGGAGCAGCUGAGACAGGAAGCCUUAAGCAAACCCGACGGCCGACGGCGCCGGCGUCACCGUGAUGACAUCCUCUCCAUGGUAACUGAAGGAGGGGCUUACGGGCAAGAGGCAGCGGCGGCUGCUGCCGCAGCUGCAUUCCUUGCCGAUGGAGGAUCUUUCAUGAAGAGCUCACCAUUCCUGCCGGAGAGCGCCGCCCUGUUGCCCGAUGGGGCUGCCUACUUCAAAGAGAGGCGUCAGAGAUGGACCAGGCGAGAGGAGGCAGACUUCUACCGUGUGGUGUCUACAUUUGGAGUGGUUUACGACAUCCACCGGCAGCGAUUCGACUGGACUCAGUUCCGUGCUUUUGCCCGUCUGGACAAGAAGACGGAUGAGAGUCUGGAGAAGUACUACUAUGCCUUCGUGGCCAUGUGCAAGCGUGUGUGCCGCAUGGAGGUCAAAUCCGACUCUGCAGAACUCGCGGACCCCACCCUGAUCAUCGACCCGAUCACGGAGGAGAGAGCAUCGCGAACGCUCUACCGUAUCGAGCUGCUCCGUCGGAUCAGGGAGCAGGUGCUGCCCCAUCCCCAGCUGGAGGAGCGCUUGCGUCUGUGCCAGCCCGGUCAGGACCUCCCCGUUUGGUGGGAGCCCGGCCGACAUGACCUUGACCUCCUCCACGGUGCUGCGAAGCACGGCGUCAGCCGCACUGACUACCACAUCCUCAACGACCCUGAGUUGGGCUUCCUGGAGGCCCACCGCAAGUUCACCCAGGGAAGGGGUGCUGAACCUCCGCCAACCUCCACUCCUCUGACCCCACUGAGCCUCGUCAAGGAGGAAGAGCUGAAGGACGAAACAGAAGAAGGUGCAAAAGUGGAAAACGCUGAAGUGAAGGAGGAAGUCAAGGUGGAAGAGAAGUCCGAGGCUGCGUCCCCUGAAGUGGAGCUGAAGACUGAAGAGGAGGCAAAGGAUUUGGAGCUAAAGAAGGAGGAGCCAGUGGAGGACAUGGAGGAGGCAGAGGACGGAAAAGGACAGACACGAGAGGUGAAGAACGAAGACACCCAGAGUGCUCCUGAAAUGAAGCCUGCUGAGGAGUGGACCUCCGAGGGCGAAGUAAUGGGCGCGCUCUCCAUCCCCACUCCUAGUGACGCACAGGAGCAGAAUGGCACCGCUGCAGACCUCCACGGAGACAGCAAAUGCAACACUGAAAAAAACUGUGAGGAAGAGGAGGAAGAGAAGAUGGAUGAGGACGACAAAUCAGAGAAAUCUUCACAGGCUGAUGUUGGUGUUUCGUCAGAGAGGAAGAUCUUUGAUGAGGAGAGUAACGCGUCCUUAAGCACUGCCCGGGACGAAACGCGCGACUACUUUGGUGUGGACGAUGUUGAACCAUCUGCUUCUCAGAUGUUCAACGACAGAGCUGCCUUCUCCUUCUGGCCAAAGGACAGGGUAAUGAUCAAUCGUAUGGACAGCAUCUGUGAGGUGGUCAUCAAGGGCAAGUGGCCUUCCAACAGAAGGCAGUUCUUUGACUUCCCAGGCCUGUUGCCUGGCUACGGCGCCAUGACAACGGACAGCCCCCUGCCAAGGAGGGGCCUUGGGGAUCUCUCCAUGGUGAGCCAGACCAGCUAUAGCGGUAGUGAAGACCUCACCAUGUCGCCUCAGGUCAACAAGGAUGAAGCAAUGGGCCUGUCUGUCCCCCGACAGCGGAGACGUCGCAGGAGGAAGGUGGAGAUCGAGGCGGAGCGAGCCGCCAAGCGCCGCAACUUGAUGGAGAUGGUGGCGCAGCUGCGCGAGUCCCAUGCCGCCGAGGGCCAAGCACAAGCCAUGGACCUGACUAAGGUCCUGCAUGGUCUAGCCCCCACCACCUCGGCUUCCUCCUCCACCUCCUCUGCCUUCCCUGGGACCAUGGUGUCGCCAGCCGCCCUCAAGGCCCAGCUGGAGCUGCUGCAAGGGGGCGGGGCGUCCAGGGCAAACGGCUCGCUGCUGGAAGCUGAGCUCCCCACACGAAGGCGGAGAGGACGCAGGAAAAACGUGGAGGGCUUGGAGCUGCUCUUCAUGGGCAGCAAGAGAGGCCAGCUAAACACGGACGAUUCAGACAGGACCAAAGCUUUUGCAGAUGGUGCACACGUGCCGGGCCGGGCACAGAGACACAUUCCAGCCCCUGCACAGAAGGGCUCAAGCACCUCCCCAGAGGAGGGCGGCCACCUCAAAGGAGAGGAUGGGCCUAGCACUAAGGACCUAAGGGAGUGGCUUAGACAGCACCCCACCUACACUAUGGACAUGCCUGGAUACAUACCAAAGACAGAGGAGCUGCUCCUCUCACAGAUGGCCAAACCGAAGCAGAAGAGACACCGCUGUCGCAACCCCAACAAGAUUGACAUCAACACCCUGACAGGGGAGGAGAGGGUCCCUGUGGUCAACAAACGAAAUGGGAGAAAGAUGGGAGGAGCUAUGGCUCCUCCUAUGAAGGAUUUGCCACGUUGGCUGGUUGAAAAUCCAGAGUUUGCCAUCUCGCCAGACUGGACGGAUAUUGUUAAGCAAUCAGGCUUUCUCCCCGAGUCCAUGUUCGACCGUCUUCUCACGGGGCCAGUGGUCCGAGAGGAGGGAGUCCGCCGCAGAGGCAGACGACCCAAGUCUGAGAUCGCCAAGGCAGCCGCAGCGGCACAAGCUGCAGCUGCUGCUGCCGCUGCGUCCACGUCCACCGGCGUGAACCCCCUGCUGAUGAACGGCCUGUUUGGCGGCAUGGACUUGACCAGCCUGCAGAGCUUGCAGAGCCUGCAGAGCCUCCAACUGGCUGCUGGUCUCAUGGGCUUCCCCCCAGCGCUGGGUGGGGCAGCGGAUAGCAAGCACGCCACCGCCAUGCUGCCCCUCAUGCUGCCCAGCAUGGGCGGGCUGUCCAACAUGUUUAGCCUCGGUGGGCUUUUUGGGGGCAAUCUGGCAGCCGCCGCAACCGCUGCGGCCACGAACAGCGCUGCAGCGCCCGUGCAAGCUGAGACUGAUGAGGCAGCCAAGCCCAGGAAGGACGAAGAGACCGAGGAGGUGGCUGAGAAGGAGGAGGUGGAGAAGGAGGCGGAGAAACCCACUGAGGUGGAGUCUGGCGAGCCAAACAGCGACACUGCUCUAGGGGCUGCUGCUGCCGCGGCUGCAGGCAUGUCCACCAACCCGCUGGCCUUCAACCCCUUCCUGCUGUCCACCAUGGCCCCGGGCCUCUUCUACCCCUCCAUGUUCCUGCCCCCAGGCCUGGGGGGCCUGGGCCUGCCAGGCUUCUCCCCGGCUACUCUGGCUGACUUCCAGAAUGCCAUGUCCGGAGCUUUAGGAGGUGCCAGUGAGGACAAAGAGUCGAGCAAACAGCCUGGUCCAGACCGGGACCACAACACCUUAACAGGUAGUGGGGACGCAGCAGACAACACGCUGGAAGACAGCGACUCUGGGGAGAGCCAGAACAAGGCGGCCGACUCAUCUACGCUUGAUGAGGACCUAGCAGGGCCGGCUGAGGAGCUGGACUCCAUAGAAGGUGGGGAGGAAGAGGAGGAUGAUGAGGAAGAGCCUGGAGAGGAGGACGAGGACAAGAGUGACUGACUGAAUGAAACUGGCCUUCUGCCAUUUCCCCGGGGGAUGCCGUUUUAAAACUUUAUACGACAAUGUGGUUAGUCCAGUUGUUUACAUGCCAACUUGAUAUCCCAAAACAUUUUUAUGAAUUUGGUUUAGUUUUGUUGACAGGUAACAGGGGAACACGAUGAUGCUGUCUCUGCAAAUGCUAGAGUAGGCAGGGAGUAAACUGGCAGUAGUAGAGUUGUGUGGAUGUCAAAAGGGUUCCGGGGGGUUUUUGUUCGUUUUCCCCCACCCCCGUUUAUUUGGUCUUGGAGCACUGGGAGGUGCUUUCUAGAAGAUGUGCAACAUCCUGAAAUAUAGGAAUUAAUUGUUCCAAUAGUGCUGUGCUGCUUCUUCGGUUGAGUUUGUUUUUGUUUGUGUUUUUGUUUUGUUUUUUCUCCUCUCUCUCUCUACUGUUGUAUUGUAACAAUUGAGUAGCAUCUCGUAACAUUCAGUGGAGUACAAUUUUAACGGCAUUAAGCAAGUCUCUCUGCUGCUGGAAAAAACAAUUUUAGAUUUUUCGUUGUACUGUUCUGCUGAGAGGAGAGGGAUGAAGUUCUCGCAUAUCAUAGCCUACACUCUGACUGUUCCAAGUCUCUCACACUGACAAUCUAUACGGGUGAGGGGACAACUCGGCCUGUGGAGACAGCAAUAACGAAGGCAGCUUUUGAAUGUUCGAUUUUACUCUCUGACUUAGAUACGGAAAAGGUGUGGAAAAAAAUGACGUGACAUUAAUUACUGCAGUCGAAUUGUCUCAUUAUAUUCACGUUAAUGCACUGGUGUAAGAAUGAAAUCAGGUACCUUUUAUCUAUUGAAUGGACUUUUUGUUACUUUAGCUACAACGCUGAACAGCAUUACCUCAAUUCUAACUAGCCUUGAAGUUUACAGACAUGAACGUUGUAAAUGUUUUCUUCUUUUGUCCUUUUUUUUUUUUUUUUUGAAACCAUCAUGUAUGAUGACCUGUAAAUUGCUGCCAACUGUAGUAAUGAUGCUUUUAAUAAAAGUGACUCAUGAUAUUCGCCUAGGAAACCAAAA